AUGGCCAUCAAAGAACUCGAGGUUUCCGACGGCGACAGCGGAUCGCCUGACAUGGCAGAAGCCUCCCCGACCACCAGCCACCUGAACACGUCGAGCGACGGCGGCUCCUCGCAUACCUCCCACAGGCUGGAGGAUGGUCCCGCCUGCAUCGUCGGCAUGGCAUGUCGGCUCCCGGGAGGCAUACGCUCGCCGUCUGACCUGUAG